AUGUCUAAGAUCUUACACAGCCCACCAUCUCUCAAACUUUUGUCUUCAAAUUCAAUCCCACGUGACCCAUCACGUGACUUGCCAAUACCAAGUAAUCCUACUUCUUGUCAAAGUCUCUCCAUUUCGACUUUUAAGAAACUCUCUUCUCCUGGAAAAUUCAAUUUCCCCUGUACAAUUCAUGGGUUUCAAGGGAAAAAUGGAGUCUUUCAAGCUUGGAGUCAAGAAGGGUCUUUGCAAGAGGUGGAUGAUUCUCCUGUAUCGUUUGAGUUGGAGCCCAUUUACAAUGAGAGCCAGUUUGAUCGUGUGAUGGCAGAGGCACAUCAACUUGAGGAAUCUGUUAUCGUUCUAUGGAAGGAUAGCAAGAAACAGGCAGAGGUGAUCGGUGGCCACAAAGCAUAUUUGAUCAUUAAUGAAGUUCGCAAAAUGAUUGAAAAUGAGGGUGCCUUGUGA